AUGUUUUCGUUUCUUUUUAGUCUUUGUUUAAGUGAAGAUCAUUACAUUUCAUUUAAUGACACUUCACAGCCUUUUGUUCCAACAGUUACUGAGCACAAGAUGUGGAGUAUUGUUAAUACAACAGAUUUUGUCGCUGUUUUAGUUGCUCCAUCAAACAAAUUCGAAAUUAUCCAACAGCACAUUGCAUUUUCAGGAGCAAGCUCCCUUUUCAUGAACAAUGGUCCAUUUUUAUACGUUGAUGCAACAAAUCCACUCAAAUUAACACAAAAGUAUCUUGUUACACCACCAGCUUUAUUCCUUUUCAAGAACCACUCAUUGUGGUUAGCAUGCCCUUAUCCAAUGAACGAAGUUUCACUCUUAUUUACUCUUAAAAGAUUCUUCUCACAAACAGUCGAUACAGUUGAUGAAAUGAAGGACUUAUAUGCUACACUUGGCUGUUACAGAUUCAGUUUGAUUACAUCUCCAGAUCUUCUCGAAAAAACUUUGGAUCUCAGAUUCAAAGUUGCUCCAUACUUAGGUGCUAUGGACGUCAUUGUCACCUCCAGGAAGAACAUGAACUUGUUAAACGUCUCAGCGCUCGAAAUUUGCCUCUUCAGACUCGAAGAUCACGCUUUACAGCCAUUUGAGCCAGAUUUCAACGCUUUCUUUGAAGUGGCCGAACCAGUCUUCAAGCAAUAUAUCUACGACGACCUCGUAAACUCUCCGAAAACCAUUGUAGCCAUGAUGUCCGACGAAUUGAUCACAGAACAAGAGGAAUACCUAUACGAUAUGGCUCUUAAAUAUCCUUCCCUACAAUUUGGAUUCCUUUCCAGGGACUUACGAUUCGUUGCUGAGCGCGCUUGUUUAUUGUCUUUCCAAGAUGGAGACAACUUCAUCGCUUUCGACCCUGUUUACCAAGGAUUCUAUCCAAACGAAAAAUACAAGAGCUACUGCUUCCAAUAUCCUUUCUCAAGAGGAGAUUAUAACAGAUCAUUUACAAAUUACUUCGACGAGAUCGUUUCCGGCAAGCUAAAGAUCCAGUACCAUUGCGAGAACCUUACGGAAGAAGAUGAAUCAGGUUUGGUCAAGAAAUUAAACGCAAAUAAUUACGAACACUUUUUGAGGAACCGCGUGGCCGAUUUAGUGGUCCUUUACUUAAGAACGACGUUAGACGAUAACUCUUAUUACAUAAACCUCUUAAAUUUGGCCGCAGAAAAAUUAAAGGAAAAUAACGUCACAAACGUCAGAUUCGCUUACAUUAAUACGUUCAAUAAUACGGGACAAUACCAUUACCCACAUAUCCUUGAGUAUCCAUCGCUCAGAUUCUAUCCGCAUCAAAAUCAAUCUGAAUCUAUAGUUUUUGCCCAUGAUUGGUCAUCAGACGACAUCGCACGAUUUAUUUGUCGUUGCACAAGGCCACCGAUCAAAGAUGACUUCCUUCCACGCAAAGAUGAAAAAGAAUUUAAGAGUGAAGCGGGCAGAUUCGUCAAAUACAUGUAUUCAUACAACAAAAGAGACUCAGACAGACUCACAGAGUACUUCCGCAAGAUGUGGCUCGAAUUAGAUAUCCCUGUAGGCAUAAAACUCGAAAAUGAAGCAUUUCCAAGGGAUGAUCCUCAAUUGAAGGAGAUGGAAGUACAGGGUGAGGAAAUAGAAGGAUGGGAUAAUGCUGAUGAUGACCCAUUGAAGAAGAAAAAACAAGAAAAACCAAUUGAAGAUAUUAAAAAGGAAUUUGAAAACAUAGAUGCACCAAAUAAAGAACUUUAA